AUGAAAAAGAUCAAAGGAAACACCUCAAAUUCAGACCGAGAUGAAGAAAUUCCAGUGGAUAUCUUGCUGACUGAAGUAUUUGUUCGACUGCCAGCUCAAUCGGUUGUUAGUUGCAUGUGUGUUUGCAAGCGCUGGUACAAUUCUAUUAGAAAGACUAGUUUCACUGAUUUCUAUUUGAAAAAUUCCCAUUUAUAUGCUGAUAGUUACCUGAUCUGUAGUGGGGAAGAUUCGUUUGGCUUAGUUUCGUUUAAAUCAUUCGAUGUGAUUUCAAAUUAUCCUUACCCGUCUAAAAGGUUUUCUGAUUCAGCCGUGCAAAUUGUUGGCUCGGCUAAUGGUUUGUUGUGCUUGUUUUCAUUUGAUCUGUCAUAUGAACCAAUUUAUUUGAUGAACCCAUCCAUUAGGAAGUAUAAGGUUAUUGAUUCUUCGGCUAUUGUCCACCGGACAAUUGGAAUUGACACUACAGUGAUGCUUGGAUUCGGGUAUCACCAAAAAAGUCAGGAUUAUAAGAUUGUGAGGUUUUUGGAGCGGCAAUGGGUUCAUAGCAGGCACACUCGAGAGUGUGAUGUUGAGAUUUACUCCUUGUGCACUGAUGCUUGGGAAGAGAUUCAAGUGCAAUAUUUCCCUUGGAUUGUGGGAGAUGAGGGGUCAUCAAUAAUGUGCAAUGAUAAUCUUCACUGGAUUGCACUUAAUUGUGAUCGCAAUGAUCAGGUCAUCUUGUCAUUCAACAUUGAGAAGUCUGUAUUGGAAGAGGUGAAAUUGCCUGAUCUUACGUUUCAUACAGAUUCUACUGAUCUAACUGUGACAGCAGUUGUUCUGAAGGAAUGUCUUUGUUUAUUUGGGUACGUCCUUCCUGUGGGGUCAGGUGAAGAAAGUACUAGAUGCUACUUAUGGAUUAUGAAGGAUUACGGAGUGGCUGAGUCAUGGACAAAGUUAUAUGAGAUCGAUUGUCAAGUUAAAAUUCGAAGGUGCAUUAGCUCUACCGGGGAUGACCAACUAAUCUUGGAAGACAUCCAUGAAAAUAUUCUUUUGUACAAUACUGAGACCAGAAGCUUUGACCAUCUGAACAUCCCUCAGAAACCGUUUUUGGUAAAGAUUGUUCCCUACAUGGAGAGUCUCAUUUUAAUCGAUCAGGAAAAUGAAAUCCUGAAAGUCCAAUCUCCUGGGAGAGAACAUAUUCGUGAGGUUAUUUCAGAAGAUGAAGAUAGUGACGAUCUAGAUCAGUUCUCAGAAGAUUAUUCUAAUGAAGAUGAAGCAUCUGAAGAAGAUUAUUAUGAAAUCUCUGAUGGAGAAGUCUCUGAGGGUUCUGACAGAGAACUUUCUGAAGGUUCUGACAAAGAACUUUCUGCAUAUCGUGACAAGGAGUCUUCUAAUCAGGUUCUCAAUCGCGCUCUCAAAGAGGGAGGUACAAGUGAUCAGAGAGGUGAAAAGGAUAAACAGUUGUCCGAAAGACCUUUUGGUAGCAAUUUUGAUCGUUUGGUGGAUGAAGAAGACAGUUCUGACCGUAUCCUAAAACCUGAGGACAAGACUAGUCGUUGCAGUACCGGAGGAACAGGUACAGUUUCAUUCUUCAAGACUAAAUCUACAUGUUUUCACACUGGUUACAUGAUUCUGUGCUCUUACUUUUCAUCAACUCUGUAG